CAAUGAAAAAGCAAAUUGGGUUUUCUUCAACUCCUUUCACAAAUUGUAAGAUGAGGUCAGGUCAUAACCUAUGUUCCGAAUAUAGGUCAUCAACUGGAUGUCGAAGCUAUGGCCGGUACAUGCCAUCGGGCCAACGCUACCGCCCCUAUACCUAGACAACAUAGUCCAACACGACCACGACUACGGCUUCAACAUCUUCAAUCCAGAAACACACACAUGCUUGAAAUUGCUUGAUUCCAAGGCGAAAGGCUCAGUCGUCUACUUCUCCUUUGGCAGCGCCGCAACCCUAACCACAACGCAAUACGCCGAGGUAGCCAAAGCCCUUACCCUCACCUCCAAAAGCUUCUUGUGGGUGGUGAAGCCAUCCGAAGAAAACAAGCUCCCGACCAAUUUCAAAGACACAGGAUCAUCAGGAUUAGUGGUGUCAUGGUGCCCUCAGCUGCAAGUGCUGGCGCACGAGGCGGUUGGGUGCUUCGUGUCUCACAGUGGCUGGAACUCGACUCUGGAGGCAAUAUGCCUCGGCGUGCCCGUGGUGGCGAUGCCUCAGAUUUUAGACCAAGUGACGAAUGCACAUUAUGUGGAGCAUGUUUGGAAAGUGGGGAUUAAAGUUGAGAGCGACGAGGAGGGGCUUUGUUCGAGCGAGGAGAUACGAGGAUGCGUAGACGCGAUCAUGGAUGGUGAGAGAGGGGGUGAGAUUAGGAGGAGUGUGUGUGGAUGGAGAGCUUUGGCGAAGGAGGCGAUGUAGGAAGGGGGAAGCUCGGAUGUUUGCAUUGGUGAAUUUGUUGCUAAGUUAAGCAUACUCUAGUAGUAGUGCACAUGAAUUUGUGACUAGUUUGAAUCAUUUAAAACAAGAGGGGAAAGUAUAACGAAAAAGUGGUUGAUGUGGUGAUAGAGUGAUUUAUACUCCCUAUUUUGUUGUGAUAUAUUAAGACUUGAGGUGGAUUUGAAUU